GGGGCGUGCGCCUCCGGUGGCCAUUUUGGAGGCGGGGGCGCACGGGCAGCUCCUGCUGGCCGUCUUCGUGGUCUUCUCGGAGCCGUAGUGUUAGCACCCCCAACUCCCUGUCUCGCACUUUCCUGCUGCCACGCAGACCCUCUCUCGGGCCCCCAGAUAUCACCCAAUUUUGGCAUUUCUUCAGUACUCGAUGCUGCUGCCCAUUCGCACCUUGGAACUUCUUUGGCUUUUGGACACCAGAGUCUCCUGGUUUUCCCCUUUUUGGUCAUCUCACUCUUCUCUGCAAGCUCAUCUUCUGCCAGGCAAUUUUUCAAGGAUCGGUCAGUAAACCAUAACUGAAGAAAAAUGAUGGAAGAGAGCGGAAUAGAGACCACCCCCCCGGGGACUCCUCCACCGCACCCUGCAGGACUUGCCGCAGCUGCCGCUGCCGCGUCUUCCAGCCCACUGCCUUUAGCUGCAACGAGUUCUUUCUCUUCUCCCAGUGUGUCGUCCAUACAGUCCUUGCCGCCACAUGCAUACUCCACCCCCCAGCCGUCUCUUCCUCCUGUGAGGCCAUCCGCACCCGCACCCUUGCCCUUCGUGCCGCCUUCACCGGUCCCUUCUGUUCCGGCCCUUGCUACUUCUAUCCCACCUCUUGUCUCUCCACCACCUGCUGUUGCCUUCAGUAAUCCUCCUUUAUCCCACUUUCCGGCUCCGGCUCCGGCUCCGUCUUCUGCCCCAAGCACUCUUUUAUCUGCACCCUCUUCUGGUCCUCCCACGUCGGGAUUUUCCGUUGGGGCAACUUACGACAUUACAAGGGGACAUGCAGGAAGAGCCCCCCAGACACCCCUCAUGCCGUCAUUCUCUGCACCUCCGGUACCAGGUAUUUUGCCGACUCCCAUUACUCAGCAAGCCAGUUUGACAUCUCUGGCCCAGGGCCCGGGAACCACAUCAGCCAUUACUUUUCCAGAGGAACAAGAAGAUCCUCGAGUUGGUAGAGGUCAGGAUGAAGCAUCCGCUGGUGGACUCUGGGGUUUUAUUAAGGGUGUGGCCGGAAAUCCUGUGGUGAAAUCUGUGCUUGAUAAAACAAAACAUUCAGUAGAAAGCAUGAUUACAACGCUGGACCCUGGCAUGGCUCCAUAUAUCAAAUCUGGAGGUGAACUGGAUAUUGUAGUGACCUCAAAUAAAGAAGUAAAAGUUGCUGCUGUCCGAGAUGCCUUCCAGGAGGUCUUUGGCUUAGCUGUGGUCAUAGGGGAAGCUGGCCAGUCCAAUAUUGCCCCACAGCCAGUGGGCUAUGCAGCCGGAUUGAAAGGCGCCCAGGAACGGAUAGACAGCUUGCGUCGAACUGGAGUGAUCCAUGAAAAACAGACUGCUGUGUCAGUAGAAAACUUCAUUGCAGAAUUGCUACCUGACAAGUGGUUUGACAUCGGCUGUUUGAUAGUGGAAGACCCCGUCCACGGCAUUCACCUAGAAACGUUUACACAGGCCACACCAGUGCCUUUGGAAUUCGUGCAACAGGCUCAAAGCCUCACGCCCCAGGACUACAGUCUGAGGUGGUCAGGCCUUUUGGUGACGGUGGGUGAAGUCCUGGAAAAGAGCUUAGUGAACGUGACGCGGACUGACUGGCACCUGACGUUCACCGGCAUGUCUCGCCGGCAGAUGAUCUACAGCGCGGCCAAAGCCGUGGCCGGCAUGUACAAGCAGCGCCUGCCCCCGAGGACCGUGUGACGGACACUCACCCAGGGCACGGAGACCUCUUCGCUUGCAGCGUGGCAGCAGAGACUUUGUCCCGUCGCCAAGUGCGGAGCUCCAGUGGGUGUGGCGGUCUGGAGAGUCUGCCUGUAGGCUGCACUCGAUCUUCCCUAGAAAGGCACGGUGUCAUUCCAGUAGCUGAAAAAAACCAGAUCCUUGCUGUGAUUGUGUCAUUUCACGUACCACAGUUCUUAGAAAAUAUAUAAAUAUUUUUAUAGGACAAUUUGAUAUACUAAAUUUGUAAGGUGCAAAUUCAUGUGCUAGGACAUUUAACUUAAGGAUAUGUACUUGAUUAUUUUGUUGUUUAAGAAGAUACAACUCAUUGAAGAACAUGUCAUUUAUUUCCUGAUUUCUCCCUUUCUUUGUAGUCUUUGAUGCUUUCUGUGUGUGCAGGUGAUCGCAGGUCUGAUGCGGAGCUGUGUGCUCAACUGUUGACUCUCAGACCCCUACUUGCAGGGAGAUGGCAUACGUUUCUAUGCAUACUUUUUACAUGGGCCAAAAUAAGGGGGUUUCUCUGUUUUGUUUUUUUUAUCAUGUACUUACACACCUGUACACAUAUAAUCUAAAAAAAGAAGAAAAAGGGUUUUUUCAAAAUAAGUUUUGGCAUUUCACAGAUUUAGACUCUGAAACUUGCAGUAGUAUGUUUUAUUUUCCAUUGCUGUUUGACAACUAAGCGGCCCGUGAUUUGAGUGUAUUUUAAAUCAGAAGCAUUUCAGUUAUUUUUAUAUACUAUUCAAUAUUUCCAAGUAAACUCUGACAAUGGCCAUUAUUUCUGCUUCCACUCAAGUGUCGUACAGAAAUUUUUCAGAGGAAUUACCUUUGUUAUUUAUGGGAUUGUUUGUCUCUUUUCAUUAAGGUUACUUAAUAUUUAGUUUGCCUUAAACAUGCUUCUCUAACUUGGUGCCGUUCUGCCUUUACUCUUUAUGGAAGUUUUCUGUGAAACUGUUUAAUAUUCAACCUGGUUUAUCUAGUCCAUCGUGUUUGUAUUUAGUGAAAGCUUCUCCCACCCCACAACCCCAAAUAAUAUAUUUUAGCGUUUUUGGAUUUAUAUAAAUCAAAAUUUAAAUAGUUUGUCUUAUACUUUGGACUCUACAUAUGCAAGUUCCUAUAACUUUUUGAAGAGAGUUUCUUACCCAAAUGUAAUUUAAUUUUUAUUUACUCGUCUAUACAGCUCUUUAGCUGUAAGUCAGCGCAGUCUUACAAAGGGUGUUGAGGCACUUACCCUGUGCUGUCACUACAGAUAACGUUUGCUCUGUAUCACUUUGAGUACUUACUUGAUUUUUGCUUUUUUACCUGAGGACAAGAAGCAUUAUUUACACGACUAUAUGUUCAUUUCCAAGCACCGUAUGAUUACAUGGUGAAAUUCAGACUUGUUCAUCAUUAAAAGUAGGGGGAGAAGAGACAUGUAACCAGUUGCUGUGGCAUAAUAGGGCUAGAAUGCUUUUCUCCCCUCUUUCAUUGCUAUUUGUGCAACACUUUUCUAUGUUUUCUUCAUCUGAUUAAUAAAAAAGAGAAGCCUUUCUGUA